UUCGUCGGGGCACAACUCGGAGUUCGGAGGUACCGAAAUCAGGGAUAGAAUUUUCCAACAAAAGCUCGCACUUGAGCAAUUUCCAAUCAAUGUUGCAAAAUCUGCAGCGCUACCUUCGUCUGCGCAGAAGCCCACUGCGACCCAUUUGCGGCGUUGCGAAAAAUUAGAGAUGAUAGCUCGUAUUCCUGCUUUGCGGAGCGACUGAAUCUGGUCGUUUGCGGGGAGUAUGCGUUUGGGCGUGGCGGAAUGGCGAGAUUGAGCCGCAUUGCGUUGCUCGCGCUGUUGGGCACUCUGUUGCUCGUGGGUUUUGUGGGACGGUCGAUAGCGGUGUCGUUGGUCGACGAGGAACAGCAGGGGAUCGCCCCUGAUGAGGACUCGAGCGAUGGGGAGGAGGACGCUGAGGAGUUCGUAGAUGAGAAGGAUGUGGUUGUGUUGGGUUCGACAAGUUUUGCCGAUUUUGUGAAGGGCAACCAGCUCGUGUUGGCAGAGUUUUACGCUCCCUGCUGUGGGCAUUGUCAAUCUUUGGCGCCCCAGUAUGCUAAAGCCGCCACGGCGCUGAAGGAUUCUGGAGUGAAGCUCGCUAAGGUUGACGCUACUGUGCACAGCGAACUAGCUGAGGAGUAUGGCGUUGAUGGAUACCCUACAUUGGUCCUCUUCGUCGACGGGGAGAAGAAGCCCUAUAUCGGAGGACGGAGCAGAUAUACGCAGCUCAGAAAGUCUAUUGAGUGUUCAUCCUGGAUAUUUCUCUUACCAGUGUAUUAGAACGGAACAAUUAAGCGACGAGAUAAUCACAUGAUUAAAGAAAAAGACGGGACCUGCAGCCAGCAUUAUCAAGUCAGUAGCUGAAGCUGAUGAAUUGUUGAAGAGCAAGACCCCCAUCGCUGUUAGAGGGUGCCGACGCUGAGGAGUUCCUUGCAGCAGCGAGGUUGCAGGAUGGAGUCAAUUUCUAUAUAACUUCUAAUGAAAAAAUUCCCAAGAAUUUUGGUCUUGACAUAGAGGCUCCUGCUCUUGUGUUACUGAAGCAGCAAGUUGAGAAUGUUGUAAUUUUCGGUACAAGAAGUCACAUUCUGAGGAUUGCAUAUGCUUCGCCUCUGCACCAAUGAUUAGCUGGUCGAGGGUAAAUGAUUUAACCCGAAUAUAAUCUAAACAUGGUUAACUGAUUUGUGCACAGAUGGAUCUUUCAAGAGGAAGGCCCUUAGCGACUUUGUAUCAAAGAACAAGCUCCCCCUCGUCGUUCCGUUCACACGUGAGACAUCAGACGCUAUUAUUGCAUGUUUCGUUGCAGCAAUUCUCAGAGAAGUUUGUGGCUGAGGAACUCACCCCGGUACGCAAGUCGGAAAGCGCACCGGAGGAGAACAAUGGACCUGUGAAAAUUGUUGUAACUUCAACUUU